AUGGCCUACGUCGCACCAGUGCACCGGCCAAGCAGCAUCCGACAUGCUCUCCGGAUAAAGCUGUUCUCGGCGGAGGAGGACUGUUUAGUAAUAUCACGAGCAAACCGAAUUGAGAUCUGGCGGUUCACCGAACACGACGACCUGGCCCUCUUCCACUCGCAAAAGAUCUACGGCACCGUGGCCAUGCUGGAGGCCCUGCGGCCCAAGGACUCCGACACCGAGCUGCUGUUUGUUGGUACCGACCGCUUCGACUACUUUACCCUCGUCUGGGACGAUGCCAGGCAAGGCCUCGACACCAUUGACAACUUCCACGAUGUCGGCGAGAAGCACCUGCGUGACUCCCAGAGCCAAGACCGCUGCAUCGUCGACCCCUCCGGACGGUACAUGGCCUUGCUUCUCUGGGAGGGCGUCCUGUGCGUGCUACGGCUCAAGUCACGUCGUGACCAGGCCCGCAACAUCGACUGGAUGGACCAAGUGCGCCUGUCGGAGCUCUUCAUCAAAGCGUGCACCUUUCUGUACAGCGAGACGGGCCACCCCAAGAUUGCGUUUCUGUACCAGUCUCAGUCUGAACGCCGCGACGCCAAGCUGUCCUCCUACCGUUUGACGUCCGACGACCGCGACGCCGUCGUCUCGCGCUUUGAUGCUACCCGCGACCGCGAGAUCAAUCUCGACCUAGACGACAUUGGUGCCGCUCUGCUGAUCCCCGUCGAGACGAGUGAAAGCGAGCGCCGCCACAACGUGCGCAAGACCAGCAACAACGCACCGGCUGAGCCACAUCUCGGCGGCCUGCUCGUCGUCGGUGAGACGAGUUUGGUGUAUAUCGACGAUACGACGCAGGCGACAAAAACCGUGACCCCUCGUACACCGGCUGUCUAUGUCGCCUGGGCGCGCUUUGACAGCACCCACUACUUUUUGGCUGACGACCAGGGUGUACUACGACUGCUCACGAUUAUCACGGAUGGCCAGGUUGUCAAAAAGAUUGAGGUCAUUCCCAUUGGCAAGACGUCCAUUGCCUCGUCGUUGGUGUAUUAUCCGUCUAGAAGCCUGUUGUUUAUCGGAUCGCAUCACGGCGACUCGCAGCUCUACCGCAUCAAGUUGACCGACGACAGCACCGACGACGCCAUGACAGACGAGCCGGGCAAGUCGGCGACUACUGCCAACGACAAGGCCAGCGGGAAGAAACACGAGUACUGUGAGCUGGUCCAGACCUUUUCUAAUAUUGGCCCUAUACUUGAUUUUACCAUUAUGGACAUGGGCAGCCGCGAAGACGGCAAGGCCAACGAGUAUGCGUCUGGCCAAGCUCGCAUUGUUACUGGGAGCGGCGUAAACAAAGGUGGCAGUCUCCGGUCGGUGCGGAGCGGUGUAGGCCUCGAAGACAUUGGCAUCUUGGGCGACUUUUCGAAUGUACGUGCCCUGUUCCCGCUCCGCAGGCGGCCGACGGCGUCCGGUAAAACGGACACGCUGGUCGUGUCCUUGUUGACCGAGACACGCGUUUUCACCUUUGAUGAUAAAGGCGAAGUCGAAGAGGUGACCUUCUUCCCAGGCAUUCAAUUUGACGAGGAGACUCUGUUUGCCGCCCGGGCAAAGGACAAUUCUUUUCUCGUUAUCACGGCCAGGUCUGUAACGCUGUCAGACGGAAACAACGGCGACACCUUGGCUAGCUGGUCGCCACAAGAUGGCAAAGCUAUUUCCCUCGCCUCGGCCAACGAUCGGUGGGCGUUGCUCUCUAUCGAGGGCAAGCUUCUCGUAUCGCUCCGCAUCGACAAGGGCCUUACACUAGCAGCCGAGAAGGACUUUGGCGACGAUCAGAUUGCCGCCAUCCAUGCUGCACCGCAGUUUCUGGAUACCGGUGUCGUUGGCACAUGGAUGGUGGGAACCGUUGCCGUCGUGGAUCUUGCGACGCUUCAGCCCACGCAGGCAAGCGUCUCGGUGCGCCAAAAAGAGGACACAGCAUCCGUGCCGCGCAGCCUAGCGUUGGCUCAGGUCAUGCCGACGCACCUCUCUGGCCCGACGCUGUUUGUCGCCAUGGACGACGGUACGGUGGUCACCUUUUCUGUCUCUAAAGAGGAUCGUACGCUGCACUCCAAGAAGAGCGUCGUCCUCGGCACCCGCCGUGCCAACCUCUACCCCCUCCCUCAACCGGACGGCACCUACUCCAUCUUCGCUACGACCGAGCACCCAAGUCUUAUCUAUGGCUCCGAAGGCAGAAUCGUCUAUGCUGCUGUCACGGCGCAGGAUGCCAACGUCGUCUGCCCCUUUGACAGCGAAGACUUCCCCGACGCCAUCGUUGUGGCCUCCCUUACAUCCAUCAAAAUCGCCCGCCCGGACACCCAGAAGCAGACCCAUGUUCAGACCAUCCAGAUGCACGAGACCAUCCGCCGCAUUGCCUACUCUCCCGUCGAGAAAGUCUUUGCACUCGGCUGCAUCGGCGCCAAUGUCGUCAAUGGCACCGAGGUGCCGACGUGCUCCAUCAAGCUCGUCGACGAGACCAUGUUCCGCACCAUUGGCCGGCCUCUGCCACUCGAUGGCGAGCAGGGCGAGCUGGUGGAGUCUGUCAUCCGUGCCGAGCUGCUCGACUCUCAGGGUCAGCCUGCCGAGCGCUUCUUGGUGGGUACGAGCUACGUACCCCAAGCAGCUGUGGACGACGGGGGUAGCCAGGGCCGCGUGAUUGUUGUCGGUGUCGACUCUGAGCGGAAUCCCUACAUUGUUUCGACGCACAGAAUGCGCGGACCCUGUCGCCGCCUGGCCGUCCUCGACGGCAAGAUUGUGCUGGGUCUCAGCAAGACGGUCAUCAUCAGCGACUACAUUGAAACAAGCAAUAUGUCGGCCAAGCUAAAGAAGAUUGCUUCGUUCCGCGCCGCGACGUUUAUUUCUGAUCUGGCCGUUUACGGAAACUACAUCGCCGUCGGCGACAUGAUGAAAUCGACGACAAUCGUGGAGUACAUUCCGGCGACACGCGGCAGCAACGACGACGACGAUGAUAGGGAGAACGAUGUGGCCAAGAUUGGUGGCACGUCUGCCGGCGCCGACAGCAUGGACGUCGACGACAAUGAUGGGGAGAAAACGGCCACGCCUGCCACGCCCGCCAAGCUCGAAGGCCGCGCGCGCUACUACCAGGCCAGCUGGGUCACAGCCGUCUGCCACAUUGAAGGCGAGUCCUGGCUCGAGGCCGAUGGUUUUGGCAAUCUCUCGGUUCUCGAGCGCAACGCCAACGGCGUCACUGAAGAAGACCGUCGCAAACUGCGCGCCACGUCCGAAAUGAACCUAGGCGACAUGGUCAAUCGCAUGCAGCCGAUUUCCGUCGAGUCCAACCCCAACGCCAUGGUGCAUCCCAAGGCCUUCUUGGCGACCGUGGAGGGCGCCCUGUACAUGUUCGGCACCGUAUCGCCCGCCGCCCAAGAUCUUUUGAUGCGUCUCCAGGCCAAGCUCGACGCCACCGUCACAGGCCUGGGCAAGACGUCCUUUGCGUCGUACCGCGGAUUCCGCAACCAGGAGCGCGAGGCCGCCGAACCAAUCCGGUUUAUUGACGGCGAGAUGCUGGAGCGAUUCCUGGAUCUGGACGACGAGACACAGAAGGAGGUGGCCCAGGGUCUGGGCCCGAGCGUUGAGGAUCUUCGCAGCAGCAUCGAAGAGCUCAAGCGUUUGCAUUGA